AUGAAAGAUAAUGAGAAAAGUAGUAUGGGUGGAUCGAAGAAAUUGUGGAUGAGAUAUAAGACUCGAGUUGAAUUCGUGGAUGAGAUCAGUUGUUUGAUUAUUGAUCGUUCGAUGUGCUCAUCCACAAGCUCCCCAACAAUUGAGAGACAUUCCUUUAAUUAUCAACCAAGCAUUUGGAACCUUGAAUUCCUCAAGUCCUUGGAAAAGAAUCACAUCAAAGCACAAGUUGACCAUGAGAAAAUAGAGAGACUAAAAAGUGAGGUGAAGAAUAUGGUGGCUAAUGAAGAACAUGAACCCUUGAUGCUUUUCAAGUUAAUUGAUGAAAUUCAAAGAUUAGGGCUUGGAAAUUAUUUUAAUGAUGAUAUUAAGAGUGCAUUAAGAAGAUAUGCAUUCAACUUUAGUGAUUUAAAACUUAAUCUUCAUGCUACUGCUCUUGGGUUCAGACUUCUUAGACAAUUUGGAUUUUUGGUGUCUCAAGAUGUAUUCAAGCAAUUUAUGGAUGCAAAUGGUAACUUUAAGCCCUCUUUAAGGUAUGAUAAUGAGGGAUUAAUACAUUUGUAUGAAGCUUCAUACGUCACAUUUGUAGGAGAAAAUCUUAUGGAUAAGGUCAAAGCCUUUACUAUGGAAUAUAUUUCUAAUGAUCUUUGCUUGAAUGAAAGCAAACACAUUGUUGAUUAUAUGAAUCACAAAUUAGCUCUUCCCUUACAAUAUCAAGUGGCAAAAUUAGAAGCUAGACACCAUAUUGAGACACUUCCACAAAGGGAUUAUACUAACAAUGUAAGGGCUUUGCUAAUUGAACUUUCUAUGCUAGACUUCAAUUACAUGCAAUUCAUGUAUCAAGAUGAUCUAAAUGAUAUGUCAAGAUGGUGGAAGAAUAUGGAGCUAUCAGAAAACUUGAGCUUUACAAGAGAUAGACUAGUGGAGUGUUUCUUUUGGAGCAUUGGCAUAACAUCAUCUAAGCCUGAACUUAGUUGUUGCCGUAAGGCUUUAACUAAAGUGUGUAAUUUCAUCACAAUUAUUGAUGACAUUUAUGAUGCUUAUGCUCACAUUCAUGAGCUUCAUCUCUUUACCAAAGCCAUUGACAGGUGGAAUAUAAAUGAGAUAGAUGACCUUCCACACUACAUGAAAUUAACAUUUGUUGCUUUGUACAACACUAUAAACGAGAUCGGAUAUGAAAUUUUGAAGCUAAAGGGUCUCAAUUGCAUCCCUUUUCUAAUAAAUGCAUGGAAAGAAGUGUGUAAAGCGUUUAUGGUGGAGGCACAAUGGUGCCAUUACAAAGAAACUCCAUGUUUUGAGGAAUAUAUUGAGAAUGGAUGGGUUUCAAGCUCUGGGGCACUCCUAUUAACUCAUGCUUUUUUCUUUGUCACUUCCCAAAUUUCUUUGGAAGCACUUGAAGCCUUGAAAAUCAAUCAUCACAUUCUACGUUUGCCUUCUAUGGUUUUACGUCUCACCAAUGAUCUUGUAACUUCUGAGGAUGAAAUUGAAAGAGGAGAAACAACAAAUGCAAUAUCAUGCUAUGCUAAGCAUGCUAAUGUUUCACAUGAAGAUGCAUGCAAACACAUAACCAAAAUGAUUGAAGAGAAUUGGAAAAGGCUAAAUGAAAUUCAAGUUAAUAAUCAAACUCCAUUUACAAAGGAUUUUAUUGAAAUAUCCAUGAAUCUUGCUCGUACCUCUCAUUGUGUUUAUCAACAUGGAGAUGGUCAUGGAUCACCCGAAUUGCUACACAAAAAAGUUCUAUCAAUAAUUGUUGAACCUAUCCAUUUAUAUUCUUCAUAG